GUGGUCAGAAUAGGUGGAGAGCCCCUGGGAGCAGGGCCCCCACCCGCCAUGGCCAGCGUGGUGGUGAAGACGAUCUGGCAGUCCAAAGAGAUCCACGAGGCUGGGGACCCCCCUGCGGGGGUGGAGAGCCGCUCCCAGAUCGUCCCCGAGGCUCCUGGGGUGGUGACCAGCCCAGCUAAAGGGGUCGCAAAGAAAAAGAAAGCCGUGUCGUUCCUCGGGGUGGAGCCUCGGAUGUCCCACGAGCCAAUGCACUGGUGCCUGAACCUCAAACGGUCCUCGGCCUGCACCAACGUGUCGCUGCUCAACCUGGCCGCCGUGGAGCCCACCGACUCCUCCGCGACAGACUCCAUCACGGACGACAGUGGCCUGCUGGCACUGCCCUCCGCCUCCCCCACCCCACCCUGGGCUCCGGAGGAUCCAGACAUCACGGAGUUACUGAGUGGGGUCAACAGUGGAUUGGUUCGCGCCAAAGACUCCAUCACCAGCUUGAAGGAAAAGACGACCCGGGUUAAUCAGCACGUGCAGACGCUGCAGAGUGAGUGCUCUGUGCUGAGUGAAAAUCUAGAGAGGAGGCGGCAAGAGGCGGAAGAACUAGAAGGGUACUGUACUCAACUCAAGGAGAACUGCCGGAAGGUGACCCGGUCGGUGGAAGAUGCGGAAAUAAAAACCAACGUCCUGAAGCAGAACUCGGCCCUGUUGGAGGAGAAGCUGCGCUACCUGCAGCAGCAGCUGCAGGACGAGACGCCCCGGAGGCAGGAGGCCCAGCUGCAGGAGCUGGAGCAGAAGCUGGAGGCGGGUCUCUCCAGGCAGGGCCUGAGCCUGGCCGCCCAGCCCCCAGGCUGCUCUGGCCCCCCGGGCAGCCCUGAUGAGCCCCCACGACAGCGGAGCCUGGCCCCAGGGGGCCGUGGACUGGGACCCCGAGCAGGGGAAGGCCUCAUCUUGAGCGACCAGGAGUUGCAGAAGGUGUCUGCGGGCCUGGAGGAGCUCAGGAGGGAGGUGUCCUCCUUGACCGUCCGGUGGCAUCAGGAGGAGGGGGCAGUGCAGGAGGCCCUGCGGCUGCUUGGGGGCCUGGGUGGCAGGCUCGAUGGCUUCCUGGGCCAGUGGGAGCGGGCACAGCGUGAGCAGGCACAGACUGCGCGGGGCCUGCAAGAACUACGGGGCCGGACUGACGAACUGUGCACCAUGGUGGAGCGGUCAGCAGUGUCUGUGGCUUCACUGAGGAAUGAUCUGGAGGGGCUGGGCCCAAUGAAACCGAUUCUGGAGGAGCUGGGCCGGCAAUUUCAGAGCUCUCGAAGAGGGUCUGACCUCACCAUGAGCCUGGAUCGGGUCCCCCAAGGCCCUUGCAUGCGCUGUGCCAGCCAGGGGCAGCAGUUGUCCACGGAGUCCCUGCAGCAGCUGCUGGAGCGCGCACUGACCCCGCUCGUGGACGAAGUGAAGCAAAAGGGCCUGGCUCCUGCUUGCCCCAGCUGCCAGAGGCUCCACAAGAAGAUUCUGGAGCUGGAGCGCCAGGCCUUGGCCAAACACGUCAGGGCAGAGGCCCUGAGCUCCACCCUUCGGAUGGCCCAAGACGAGGCCUUGCGGGCCAAGAACCUGCUGCUGACGGACAAGAUGAAGCCGGAGGAGAAGGCGGCCUCUCUGGACUAUCUGCACUUGAAGAUGUGCUCCCUCCACGACCAGCUCAGCACCCUGCCACUUGAGGGGUCCACGGGGACAAUGGGGGGAGGAGGAAGUGGUGGGGGAACUCCCCCGAAACGUGGGGGCCCCAACUCCUGAACAAUACAUGGCUCCUCGUGCUGGCA